AUGUUGCGAGGUGCGAGGGAGCUGGCGCGUCGGCUCCCUCUGGCGUCGGGGUCGGGUCCGUCCUCCCGCGCGUGGGGCGUCGCCGCCUCGUCGCGGGACGAUGCGCGGGAGUCGACGUGGAUGCCCCGCUCCAUCUGCCGACAGAGGCGGGACGCCGCGACGUCGUCUCGCGAGGACACCAGGCCGUGCUACGGCGGCGACGCGCGGAACCACAUCGGGCUGGAGUUCAAGCUCACCGCGGACGACGCGCAGCGGGCGCUGAGGAAGUGGGCAAACGCGAAACCCUUUCGGCCGUGGUCGCUCGUGGACGGCGAUAGACGCGAGCCCACGCUUCGUCCGGUCUUCCUCCCGUACUGGAUCUUCGACGUCACGGUAUCGGUCAAGUACCGCGGCAAGGUUGGCUUCGACGCGGGCGAGAAGAAGGAGUGGGUCGAGGUGGACACGUGGCGCGACGGGGGCACGACGACGUACGAUUCCACCCGUUCCGAGGUGCAGGUGUGCGCGAGCUUCGCGCACAGGCGCGACCUCGCCGCCGCGGUCACCGGAGCGCACGUGGGCAGGUUACCCGCGACGGGAGCGGUUGGCCAAAGCCAAAACCAAAACCAAAACCAAAACCAAAACGAUGUGACGAUGGUGCCGAUGCCGGACCCCGCGGACGCCGCGCUUCGCGCCGCGCGUUCGGGCGCGGGGCCGCCGGGUUCCGUCGAAGUGGAGCGUUACGGCAUGAAACGCUCACUCGCCUGGGAGCUCGCGUCUCGUCGGAUACGCGAGACGGAGCGAGCCAAGGCGAGGCGAAGGCUGCUCGAGUCGCACAAGGCUACGUACGCGAAAGACGUGGUGCUGGACGUCGAGUUGCACCCCGGGCGCAGGGUACGGGCCGCGCGUCUGCCGUGCUACAUCGCGCGGUUCACGCACGGCGAGCUGCAGGGCGUGGAUAACAAGAUAUCCGACGCCGUGCACCACGCCUUCGUGUGCGGAUACACGGGCAACGUGGCGGUGCACGACGAAAUCGUGUGCCAGAAUAAGGUGAGAGCGCUGACGGUGCUGGCGUGUUCCGUCCCGGGGCUCGCCGCGGCGUACGCGUUCGGACCGGAACACUACGGCACGAUCGCCGCGCAGACGGUGGGCGCGUCCGCGGUGCUGAGCACCGUGAGCGGGAUAGUCGCCAGGCAAUUCCCCCGAGUCGCCAGGGAACGGGAGGAGGCGGAGAGGGUCGCGGACGAGGAGAGCGCCUUCGCGGCGGCUAUGCGUCACGGCGCCGCUUCUGGGUCGGGCGACGGCGCCGGUGUCAAGGCGGCGUGGAUGGACGAGCCCGUGCAGCAGCGGAGGGACGACGUCGAGUGGGGGCGGUGGAAGGAGACGGACAAGGGUAACUGGGACGAGCACAAGCGGGAGGAGUGGGCGGCUUCCAUCUGGCAGUGGCAGAAAAUUCGCCGGCGAGAGCGAGAGGAACGGCGGCGCGCCGAGGAGAUCAUGCGCGCGAGGAUGGAGGAGGCUGAGCGUCGCGACGAGGAGAAGGAGAAGCGAUGGGGGCCGGGGUGGAGGACCGGGGGCCCGCGGGCGAGGGGCGGCCCGGGAGGGGGGUCCUCGUCGCGCGGCCGCGACGUCAAGGGGUAUUACCGGCUGCUCGGCUUGCACAAGAAGACACACCGCGCCACCGCGGAGGAGAUCAAGACGGCGUACAGGCGCGAGGCCAUGGAGUGGCACCCGGACAAGCACCAGGGAACCGACGCGAAAGAAAGGGCGGCGAGGACGUUCAGGCAGCUGCAGAAGGCGUACCAGGUGCUGGGGAACCAGCAGGAGCGGGACGUGUACGACGCUCAGUAA